AUGGCCGCAUCGUGGCGCUCCGAUUUGCCGAAUCGUGACAGGCCGCUAUACGACGUCAUUUGCAGCGUUUGCAGCGUUGCCUGCGCGUCCAGGUACAUUGGAAACAUAGUCAAGGAAGUGCCUUUUUAUAACGGAUAAAAUCCCAUUUACGCAUAUACCGGAUAUAAAUCCGAUAUACGGACAUUUUCCGGUAUACGCAUAUAACGGAUUUCGCUUAUAUCGGACAAAACCAGUGGCUCAACCGAGGUUUACUGUAUGAUAUCGCGUGAUAUCUUCUGCAUCAUCAUGUCUGUUUUGAUCUUGGUCCUCAGAUGUUGAUCGCCAACAUUCCCACACGAGCAUGGCGAGGCGUUCGGUUCGAGCGGAGGCUAAAGUAAAGCCGCAAAGUCUUGUCAGGUAUGACGGGUAUGAUGAUGUACCCUGACCGCUUUUGUCGUGGAAUUGAUUCCUAUCGCACCCGUGACGUUACCUGUACAAGUAUGCGACAUGUGACCCGUCAGCCAGCUGAUGUCAGAUUGCGAGGUGGCCGACCGGUGGAGGUCAAGGGCUUGUGUUGAGUUUACUUAGAAAACACACACUCCAGCAGGUCCGACCGGUUCGACGAGAGGUGGCAGGUGACGGGGGGCGUGUCCCAAGGAGGUGGCGCCGUGCCAUAAUUAGAAAACAAGACGAGAGGAAGACCACUUGAAGAGAAGCAACUCGGCAGUAAGGUGGGUUUUUAGCCUUUUCCAGGUAUGAAUUUGGGUGCGCCGCUCCACGUUGGGAUAGUUGGAUCCUCCCUGGUGAUGUGAGACUUCCUUAUUGGUUUGUUUCGGGAAAGACGAACGCCGCAGCCCAACAUGAGCGAUGACCGGGAGAGACGCAGGUCCCGUCCGAGUCGAAGCCACGACGCCAGGCCGGCCCCCAAUGUCAAACCCCGCAUGAACAACAAGGAGAACCGAAGGCCGCAGCCAGCCAAUGUGAGAAGGUCGAGGAGCAUCGACUCGGAGACGGGGGCCAGAGGAGAACGGAGGACCGAGCGUCACCAAGAGGAGAGGAGGCGGCGCGGGAGGAGCGCAGAGGCCAUCAGACGAGUCAGAAAGGACGGCGACACGGACCGCCACAGGAAGUCGAGACCGCCGGAGAACGACGUGGAGGAGACGGAGUGCGCCAUCUGCUUCUGCUCCUACGAUAACAUCUUCAGGACGCCCAAGCUGCUCGCCUGCGGACACACGUUCUGUCUGGAGUGUCUGGCUCGCAUUAACGUCACGUCGGCUGAGGUCAAAACCCUGACCUGCCCCGUGUGCCGCGAGGUGACCGACAUCCCCCACGGCCAGGACCUGCCCCGGCUGGGCAACAACGAGGACAUCAUCGGUCGGCUCCCGCCGGAGAUGCAGAGAGCCAAGUCCAUCCGCUUCAAGCGCAGCAAGGGCAAGCUCUUCCUGAAGAACGCUCCCACCGGGGGCCUCACGCUGCCGCACAAGAGCCAGGAAGCCCAAGCCGCCCCCGCCGGGGACUUGCGCCUUACCGCCGUAGAACACGGCAUGGAGCCCGCUACCGUGGUGGAUGUGGGCCGGCCUCCCAACAGAGUCCGAGGGCGCCUGCGAAGGUUUUUCCGUUCCAACCGGUGUUACUACGCCACUGUGGCGACCGUCGUCACUAUCGCCGUGGCGUUACUUCUGGUGGGGAUUCUGCUCUUCAUCAUCAUCCCCAGGGCGGCACGGAGGCCCGAACGACCUGCCAACCAGACGCAGCCAUCGGGGGGGUGACCCCAAGUACAUUUGAAGGAAGAUUUGUUCAUCCAUAUAGACCCGCGGGACUUAUUGUGUGUGGACGGACCUGCCUGACACCAAAAUACAAGUAUUUCAUUUAAACAUUUAAUAAGUAUUCCUAUUGUUGUGCCACAAGGCAUGCUGGGUACUGUUCUGUGUUUGUCGCAUUUUUGCUUGAGAUUGUCGACAGAGAAGUAAACAAGGACGGGUGUUCAUUGCGCAUAUUGUUGUUGCCAUUGGAGUACCCAGCAUACCUUGCGGGCACUUGUGAAUAACAGUUCCAUGUUACGUUUAGCGCUUAUCAAUUGUUUUAUUAUAAAAUGAUAUCGGUUUAAAAAAAAAUCACGCUUGGCGAGACGACAAAUAUUUUAUUCUAGUGAGAAAUAAAUUGCAAUUUUAAGAGAAUACAUUUUUUUUAGAAGUUAUUUUAGUCAUGCGUAGGUCAAAAUACUGACGAAAAAUUAUUUUUAAAAAGCGCGCAGUGGCCACACAGCUAGGAGACCCGAGUUCAAUUCCACCCUCGGUGAUCUCU